GAAGAACUGUGGUUAGGUUUGAAAGCUGUAUUCCAGUACAUCCGUAUCGAUACUGUACUUGUUGCCAAGCUUAAACCAGGAUUACACAGGCAUACGUUAUCACAGGCAUUGGGAUGAAGAAGAGUGGAUUCAGUAAAUGUCCUGAGGCCAAAUUUAACAUCAAAGAAUUAAAGAACACACUGGGUUCCGACUCCCAUGCAGCAUUUGCUGCGCACUGCAAGCUCAACAAAGAGAAACAACAUGGGCUGCUGGACGAGAACAGUAAUCUGGGUGGAAGAUUUUCCAAGGCCUUUGGAACUAGGGUUAAAAAUAACACAGCUGGACAAUCCGCAGUCAGGUCUUUCACUAUGGAUUCCUCACCUACAGAGAUGAAGGAAUUUGACAGCAGUACUGUCAAGUACCUAAAACCGGACCAUCCUGAGAAAAUAUGGAUACGAGUGCAGGGAUUACAGAAGUACAAAAACACGUCUCAAAGAUUAAGAUGCCUUGUGAAGCAGCUGGAGAAAGGUGAGGUGAAUGUGAUCGAGUUAAGGAAGAAUAUUGAAUAUGCAGCAUCCGUGCUGGAAGCAGUUUACAUUGAUGAGACGAGACGUCUCUUGGACACAGAAGAUGAGCUCAGCGACAUCCAAGCAGGUUCAGUUCCGUCAGAAGUGCGAGACUGGCUGGCAUCAACCUUCUCGCGGAAAAUGGGGGUGAUGAGGAGAAGGCCGGAAGAAAAGCCCAGAUUUCGCAGCAUUGUCCACGCCGUUCAAGCCGGAAUUUUUGUAGAGAGGAUGUACCGAAGAACGUCAAACAUGAUUGGACUAAAUUACCCGUCAGGAGUGAUAUCCACUUUAAAGGACGUGGAUACUUGGUCAUUUAAUGUUUUUGCGCUUAAUGAAGCUAGCGGAGAACACGCUCUGAAAUUCAUGGUGCAUGAAUUGUUCACCCGAUACGACCUUAUCAAUCGCUUCAGGAUCCCUGUGUCGUCUCUAAUAUCUUUUGUUGAGGCCCUGGAGGCUGGUUAUACCAAGCAUAAAAAUCCUUAUCAUAACUUAAACCAUGCAGCAGAUGUGGCCCAAACUGUGCAUUACUUAAUGCUCCACACUGGCAUUAUGCACUGGUUUACAGAACUGGAAAUCCUAGCAAUGCUCUUUGCGGCUGCUAUUCAUGACUAUGAGCACACGGGAACCACUAAUAACUUCCAUCUUCAGACUAGGUCAGAUGUAGCCAUUUUAUAUAACGAUCGCUCUGUACUUGAAAACCACCACGUGAGUGCUGCCUACCGCUUAAUGCAAGAUGAAGAAAUGAACAUCUUGAGCAACUUGUCUAAAGAUGACUGGCGGGAACUGCGUGCUUUGGUGAUAGAGAUGGUUUUAUCGACCGACAUGUCUUGUCAUUUUCAACAAAUCAAAACCAUGAGAAAUACUUUGCAGCAGCCUGAAGGGACUGACAAGGCUAAAGUCAUGUCUUUAAUGCUGCACGCAGCAGAUAUAAGUCAUCCUGCAAAAACCUGGCAUCUGCACUAUCGUUGGACAAUGUCAUUGAUGGAGGAAUUCUUUAGACAGGGUGACAAUGAGGCAGAUCUAGGGCUACCAUUUUCCCCACUGUGUGAUCGUCAGUCCACAAUGGUGGCGCGAUCACAGAUUGGCUUUAUUGAUUUCAUUGUGGAGCCAACCUUCUCUGUUCUGACAGAUCUAGCGGAGAAGAUAAUUGCUCCUCUUACAGAGGAAGCUUCUAAACCGGGUGCCUCGGGGUUAAGACGGCAAAGUCUUAACAGCAUCGGAGUGGGAGGUGCUACAGAAUCAUCACGCCGUCACAGUGUGAGGAGUGUGCCAUCAGAUGGAAGCUCUUCCACGGAAUAUUCUGUAGCUACCGUCGACCUAAAAAGCUUUAAGUUGAACUGGAUGGAAGUUAUACAGCAAAACAAAGGGAAGUGGAAAGAGCUGGCGAUUGAAGAAGAAACAGCACGGAAGGAUGCAUUGCUGAAAGAGAAAGCUGAACAGCAGAUUGCUAGCACAAACAAUGAAGACAAAUAUGAGGAGAGACAGGAGAACCUGGUGAAAGCAGAUGGUGACAAGAAUAAGGGGCACGAUGAUGAUUUCUCGGAGAAACACACUUCCUCCUAUCCACUAGAAGCAUUUGACAAGCAGUAUUCAGUGUGCCCGCCACCUGUCAAUCCUCCAGCUCUGCAGAAAACCCUGCAUUCAAUCAGCUGCAUUUCACCUAUAUGUGAAAAUGAUUCCACCCUGACUGACAGACUGAUUCAACAUGCACCACCGUGGAAUGGAGAAGCUGAGCAUUAUAAGGAUUCAGAAGAUUCAAUGUAUAAUAGCGAAGAUGUACUUGAACAAAGGAAUGCGAUUGUACACAACUAGUUUAGUAAAACUUUCAAGAAUUCUGUCCUGAAUGGAAAUCAAGUACCAGACAAUGGCAUGGUGCUCGACUUAUUAGGAAAGAGCUGACUGCAUCUUCACCGAGCACCCUCUAAUGCUGCCGGCAUUUUGCUUCAUUUAACUUGAAUUUAAUGUGAUGACACUGGUCUUCUCAAAAACCAAGCAGCUGAACAGGUGGUUCGAGUGACUUGGUUCAUCGUUUAGUGAAAUGAUCAAUUUAUAGCAGUUUCUAUUACCUUAUAUUGACAGUUCUUUUGACUGUUGCUUACACUGUAUUGCUGGUAAAUGUACAGGGAACUUUGAAGUCAGUUUUUAUCUAUUAUGUCUGUAAAUACCUCGAUUUUUUGGGGUGAAAGCUGAAUGAUAAAAAAAAGUAAUUCCUGAUCUACCAGGUUAAUGUGCCGUGUGUAACCACUGGUGUAUUUUGCACCUUGUGUAAAGAGAGAAUUACAGGUUACCUUUAUUCUGUCAUUAACAAUCUAGGAC